AUGGGUCGCAGGAGGGCCCGCCUGUGGGCGCUUUUCCAGUGCUGCAUCCCCAAGGCAAAGGCCAAGACAAGGAAGAACUUGGCCUCGGCCCAAGUCCUGGAAGCAGAGCGGCCUGAGGUGAGAGCAGCCGGGGGCUGGGCCCGUCGGAUUGGCCUUCACGCGGCGAAGCGAAGGGAAACACUGUCUGGAGGAGUCACUGGGGCACGUGGAUUGAGCUAUAGAGAGUUGGCAACAUCUACGGAAGAAGUCAAUAUAUGCCGGGAACAGCUUCUUGCAAGAGAAGAAGAAAUAGCUCUGCUGAAAGCAGAGAGGAAUAACAUCAUGCUGCUGCUGGAGCACCUGGAGUUCCUGGUUUCCCGGUAUACACCGUCCCUCCAGACGACGGCGGGCAAGUGGCAGGCGCAGUCCCCAGCCGGCAUGACCAGCGAGCUGGAGGUGAUCAAGUCACUGAAAUCACUCUUUGAGCACCACAAGGCCCUGGACAAGAAGGUACCACCGCGUAUUAGGGUGACACUUGAAAGGUGUAGUUUGUUAGAAGAAUUAGGUGCCACACAUAACAAACUGAUGAUUCUUAAAGAGAAGAAUAACCUGAAAAAGAUACUAAUGGAUGGGGUGCUUGAUGUAAAUCACAAGCAAGAAAACAUGCCAAGCGCCAAUGGAAAGGCAUGUCCUCGGUCUCACUCUCUAACCCGCGACGAAGACCUGGCUCCGGUGAUCGAGCUCAAGGAAAUCAUCAAGAAGAAGUCACGGGAGCAGAGAGAGAUGAAGGACCGCCUGGCAGCCCUCUCUGCCCACGUAACAGAGCUGGAGAAGGACCUGGACACGGCCAGGAAGGACCUCCUCAAGUCCAAGGAAGUAAACGUGAAACUACAGCAGGACGUCCGUGAAGCUAUGGCCCAAAAGGAGGACAUGGAGAAGAGAAUCACUACACUUGAGAAACGCUACCUCGCUGCACAGCGCAAAGCCAUCUCUGUGCACAACCUCGAUGAUAAACUUGAAAAUGAAAUCGCAAAUAAGGAUUCUAUGCAUCGACAGAAGGAGGAUAAAGACCGACAGCUGCAGCUGUGCCUGGAGCUGGCAGAGCAGAAGCUGCAGCAGAUGCUGACAGAAGUGGUGGCUGAGCUGGCUCAGCGGGGAGUUGCACUCUCCAAGUCUGAACUUUUGUCUUCCGGAAGCUCUGCCACUAAGGAGGCGAAACUGUUCGAACUUACCUCCCAGCUUAGGAAGGAAGAACAGAGACACAGCAGCAUGGAGGAGAGGGGCGUGUGGGCCGGAGACGCGGCUGGGCGGGGCCGGCGCUGCCUUUCUCCGCCGCUCCUGUCUCUGUCUCUGCCGUCCAGUGUGCAGCCCCUGAAAGAUCAGGACCGGGAGCGCGGGCAGCAAGCCAGCGUGCUGGCCAACGUGGGCCAGGUGUUCAAGAGUGACAAGGGCGUGUCAGACGGCAUGGGCGACCGGGUCACCCUCUUCAGCACGCCCGCUCUGCUGUCGCCCAGCGGCCAGGCCGAUGCCAAGACUCCGGCCGGGAGGAUUCAGAAGCAGCUGGACAGGAUCAACGAAGAAAGCUGGUUGAUCCAAAAAGACAAGGAGAACACGGAUCAGCGGGCGGAGGGGAUUGAGAGCAGGGUGGGCAGUGGGAGCUUCAGCAACCUUCGGCGCUUUAAAUCCUCCGACUCCCUCAACCUGGAUUUCGCCUCCUCGCAUGCCGGCUCCUUCCCGCCCAGCAGAGGGCGCUCCAUGCCCGAAAGGAGGCAGCCCAGCCCUGAGCAAGAAGAAGACAAGCUGGGCUUCAUGACUCUGCCUAGUGAUUUAAGGAAGCAUUGUCGAAAGCUGCCAGCCAUACAGGAAGAGGUAGAAGAUGACACCAUCAAAUGUGAAACCUCGACCUCCGCCUCGCUGCGGUCCUUUCGGCUGGACCGGCUCACGGGCUCACUGCACACAGCCAGCGAUGAGGAUAUCAGGGACGCCCGCAACGCGACAGGCUCUCAGGACGGUCUCGGGAGCAACCCCAGCAACAGCAACAGCAGCCAGGACUCGCUGCAGAAAGCCCCAAAGAAGAAGGGCAUCAAGUCCUCCAUCGGUCGUUGGUUUGGCAAGAAGGGAAAGGGCCGGCCUGGACACACCAGCAAGGAGGCGUUAGGACCAGGUGGGUGCUUCACCGUUCAGAGGGAGGAGGGUCUGCGUGUAUGUCCCUUCUGUGUCUCCCCCACUAUCCCCACGAGGCUGCUGUCACUCACGCUGGGUGUCCUCCUGGGAGGAGCGGAGGAGGCGUCUGUCUUCUCUAGGGUCCGAGAUGAUCAGAUCAGUUGA